GUACGCUAGAUCACUGGUAUAUGAGGAAGUGCACGGGGGCGACAAGCGUGCCGGACACCAGAGCCGUCGAGGCUACCUAUUCUGUGAUUUUCACUGGGCCUAUUAAUAGAUAUGCUCCACUAAAACAGUAUAUCCUGUGUGUAAACUAGCCGUUCGGUAAUCCAGCUAUGUUUGCAUGGUAACAUGUGCGGGCCUGGUUGUGCGGCUCCCCCAUAGAGGUUAACUUCUGCUUCUACUAGGUGUACUUGGCACGUAGCCAUGGCCUAAAAGUUGGUAGCCACCUGAGUGUCGACAAUAACGUAUCAUGCGCGUGGUCGCGCUUAUUUCUGGCGGAAAGGACUCAUGUUACUCUAUGCAACUAUGUAAGCAGCAUGGCCACGACGUCGUUGCGCUGGCCAACUUGCUGCCUGAGGAGACAGCGCCGGAUGAGCUCGACUCAUUCUGCUUUCAGACGGUCGGCCACCAGCUCGUUGGGGCGUAUGCAGCUUGCACGGGCUUACCGCUUUUCCGAAAGCGCAUAGCCGGUACCAGCAGCGUGCAGGACCUCGGCUACUCGCCGACAGAUGGAGACGAGGUGGAGGACCUCUACCAGCUGCUGGCUUACGUGAAAGACAAUGUACCUGGAAUUCAGGCAGUUGCAUCAGGAGCAAUUGCUUCUGACUACCAGCGCUUGCGUGUGGAAAACGUAUGCAGCCGACUUAACUUGGUAUCGCUGGCCUACCUGUGGCACCAGCCACAGCGCUUGCUGCUUAGAGGCAUGGUGGAGAGCGGGAUGGAGGCAAUCCUCGUCAAGGUUGCCUGCCUGGGUUUGCAGCCCCGCAAGCACCUGGGUCGCACCAUCGCCGCCCUGGAGUCGCACCUGCUGGCGCUGGCGGAUGCGUACGGCUGCAACGUGUGCGGGGAGGGCGGCGAGUACGAGACGCUCACCCUGGACUGCGCGGUGUUCCCGCGGGGCCGCAUCGAGCUGCUGGAGUCGGAGGUGGUGUACGGCACCUGCGAUGUGGGUCACCUGGUGCCCAAAGCCUUCCGCGUGGUGCCCAAACUGGGCUGGGAGGGCGCGGAGCUGCCCUCCGACAUCCGCAUGGUGCCUCAGGACUACGUGACCGCACCCAGGUUCGGAAGAGCGGUCGGAGGGGGGGCGCCGCAGCCACAGGCUGCUGGCGGCUGCGCCGGCGCCGCUGCCGCGGCGGCCCCUGCUCUGGACCCUCUUGUGCAGCAGGCGGUGGCUCAGACCUUUGCGGUGCAGGUGUCCAUGUGCUCGGGUCCCGAGUAUGUGCAGCUGGUGUGUCGGGCGGUGCGCAACAAGUCGGCGCUGCCCUCGGAUAUCACCGAAUGCGACACCACGGCGGCGCUGCACUGGCUGCUGACGGUUGCGCAGCAGGAGCUGGCGUUGCUGCAGAUGGACCUGCGGCACUGCCUGUUCGUGCACCUCUUCCUGGCCAACAUGGGCCACUUCCAGGCGGCUAACGGGGUGUACUGCAGGCAUUUCCCCGGCCGCGACCCUCCCUCUCGCGCCACCGUGCAGAUCUGCCUGCCGCACGGCUGCCCCGUCAUGUGUGAGUUCCUGCUGGCACGAGCGGCGGCGCCAGCGCUGCCGCCGCCGCCGCGGGGGGCACUGCCCGGGUCGGGCGCUGUUGCUGCGUCUCCUCCCUCGGUUAUUGUUGGACGUUACAGUCGGCGUGUGCUACAUGUGCAAAGCAUCAGCUCUUGGGCGCCUAGCUGCAUUGGGCCGUACAGCCAGGCCACCAGCUACCGCGGUCUGGUCUACAUGGCGGGUCAGAUCCCGCUGGACCCGCCCACCAUGACGCUGGUCAACGGAGACAUCACGGCGCAGGUGCUGCGUGCCAUGACCAGCUGCGAGGCGGUGGCGGUGGCGCAGCGGACCACGGUGGUGGGCGCGGCGCUGGGACUGACGGUGUAUCUGGCGGCGGCGGUGG